GAGUGUCUGCUGCUGCGUCUGUGAAGAAACGUUAGAGAGUCGAGAGGAUGCAGCUGUUACCCUCCCUGCUGAUUCUGGUGCCGCUCUGCCGAGGACAGGAAUGGGAAGCUCCAGAGUAUUGCCGUGGCAGCCCAUGCGCCCAAUUCACAGUUGUUAAUAAAACAACGGACUUUGAGGAGCGUUUGUAUGUUGCCACUGCAUGGAUUACAACCAAGAUACCCAACCCUACGGCGUAUGAUCUGAUCGCUGCAAGUGCGAGGCUGAAGAGUGUGGCAGGUCACUUUGACGCCUGGCCGGUGCUGGUCAACGUCAAAAAUGGCAAAGAGUACGCACUAUCCUGGUUUGUUCCUCCUGACAUGAACAUACCUGAAAUCACUGACCCAUCAGUCCAACUGGAAAUUAGACCUGAAGUCAACGUCUACGUCAGGGUCUUUCGUGGCACUCCAAGCAUCGACCAAGGAAAACUGAAUGCAAAUGAACUUUGUAAAAGCUUGCGCAAAGCUGAAAAAACCUUCAGCAUUGAAAGAUAUGCCGGGGCCGCCUAUGAAUCCUAUUUCGCUCUUACUCACCACAAUGAGGUCUGGAUAGACAAAACCCAGUAACAUGUGCAUCCUACUGUAUAAUCCCUUUAGUAUCACUUUAUUCAUCCUCUAUAUGAAGAUCUUCAGUGUUAGACUUUCGUGUUAAAACGUGUAGUAAACGUAUCAGAAAUAGACACAUAUUACACUAAUAAAUGCAGUAUUGUCCCCUCAAUGGUAAGGAUGCACAAUGAAAAAUUGUUAUUGUAUUUUUUGGGGGGGGUUCUGUACCAAACAAGGAGAUUAUAUGAAGUCUGCAGAAUGCUGUUUGUAGGGCAGAAAAGGGUGUCAUGCUUGUACACCUAUUUGAGGAAUGUUGUGAUAUUUCCCAGCAGCCCUAACUACUAUGUAUGUAUAAAUAAAUCAUUAUUGUUUCUGAUAAAAAAAUAUAUCUGCUGUAAACAAUCAAUAAACAGUUUUAAACGCUU